AUGGGAAGUGCGACUAUCAAGAAUGUUUUGGACUUGCUCAGGAGCGAGAAGGUAAAGGACCGACAAGAGGGUAUCUCUUCAUUACAGACCGUAUUCGCGCACGAGUCUACGAUCCUCAAGGUCGACGAGAAAGGCGACGGGAAGGCGUGGCUCGUCAUCUACCAGGCCCUUUUCAAUGCUGUGCUGAAGGAGAAGGAUGCAUACGCGAAGAAGGGUGACGCGUCGAGCGCUGUAGUCAAACGGCGGCUGGGCGACGCUGCCUCCGCCGUUCGCUGGUUAAUCGAGCAUAGCGUCCAACGCAUGAACAGCAAGGUGGUGAAGGCCGUAUUAGCCCAUCUUACGAAGUUUAUCAUCAAUAGAGGCGAGUUGUUCACCCCAGUCGCGCUGCAGUAUGCCAAGGCUAUUCGGUGCAUCUUGAGCUAUGCCCCGCACCUGGAACAUCUAGUCGAGACGACGUGGAUAACGUUGCUAGAGAUGUCUCUGAACGUCAUACUCGGAGACCGCGUUAGGAGGAACCUUAACGAGAUGGAGGACACCUUCGCGGAGGAGAGGGAAGACAGUCUGCUCGCAGGGUCGGAAGUCGAUGAGUCUGGAGAAGAUGGCACGCCGUCUACGCUAGGGCCAAGCUCUUCCAGGAAGAGGAAACUCCCUCCUGCCACGCAGACGCGACAGACACCGUUCUCUGGCAGCCCCGCCCCAACCUCACAUCCCGUCACUCAAGAGCAGGUAGAGUUCAUGUCCCUACUCGUCGUGCUGCUCCAAUCAUCGUCUGCUCCAUUGCUCUCGCCUCAACACCCGUAUCUCCCCGUUGCCUUGUUCAACAGACUUUCCCGCAUUCUACAGAAGUACCCGGGAGAUUCCUCCCUGCAUCAUGAUUACUUACUCGCACUCUCCGCCGCGCUAUCCCACGUCGCAUUGAAUGACUCUGCUACCGUGAUCAAAUUUGCGCAUGAUGCUUGGGAAGGUCUACUGAGCAUGUGGGGGACCAAGAACCAACGGACGAAGCAGGAUCUGGUCGUAGUGCUGCAGACGCUAUUCCCAUACUACACUGCGGAGCCCGUCGACCCGACAGUGUUCGCCAAUGUGGAUUAUGCGAAUGGAGUGGCAAAACUCUGGCAUCUGUUGAGCAGCGAGGCAGAAAGUCGCUGGGGCGUCGACGGGCUGUCACUAGAUCGGUUGCGCCUAGAGGCGCGACAGCUAGGAGUGGACGGAGACUCACCGCAGCCGUUUGUGGGAUCGACCUUUCGGCAUGGAUGGCAGUUCGACUCGAGCCAGGCGCUGGCUUGGACGAUACUCGAGCUGCAAGCAGAUUGCACAGCCAAGUUAUACCGUCUCACAGAAUCCGUUCAUUCGAUGGAGCCUAGCAACUCUCGCGGUGCGGGGAAACGCGUCAAGCUGGAGAGUCCUGUCAAGUCUCUACUUGACCUAGUCAAUCACUCGUCCGUCUCCGGCAUACGCUCGUAUCAUCUGCAGAGCUUGCUAUUCUUUAUCGACAAACAUUGGGCGAUCCUACACGAAGAACUGCAACAACAAGUCAUCUCCGUUCUCCUGCAGUUCGUAUCGUUCGAAGGCGGGUCUGUCCAGUCGUGGACUUUUCUUUGCCUAGCCGCUAUCGCUCACAGCAUUGGCGCGUCACUCAACUCGUCCUCUGCUCCUGGCUCGAGACCGGAACCGUCGAGUACUACGACAUGGGAUGCCAUCUAUGCGCAUGCUAUGCGCCGGGUGACAGUAGCAUCCGUCUCACGCGCUGCCUGUCAUACCGCGUCCGUCUUCCUACUGCAUUCGAAGGAGCUGCUCACGUCGCAGCGUCUCAUUGCCGAAAUAGAGACACUAGGCAAGGACCUCGAUGUCCAGGGACCUGUGUUCCCUUACGACUCGGUCUGUGCGUUCUUGGACCUGGCCCUCCGCAUAGCGAGCCAGGACGUCCGGCUUUAUCGGAUGCAGCUCGAAGAGAAGGUGUUGUCUUGGUUUGUCGACACAUGGAGAGUGGGGAGCGCACCGAAGACGAGGCUGCCAGCGCACACUGUUGCCGAUCUGUUGAUGCUCCUGGAAGGCGUUUGCUCAUUCUCCACCAGGAGUCACCUAAUUUGCGGAAUGCCGCUGUCCGACUCCUCCAUCGUCCGGGCUACCAACGACCAUUGUUACACCGCCGUAAUACGGGACUUCUCAAUCCAGGCCCGUCUGCCGCCAUGGCGCCAACGUCAGGCAACCACCGAUCCCGACACGUCUAGUGGCCAGAAUUCCGAGGAACAAAGUGUCGCACUCGACGAUCUAGCUCCCCCUCGUAGUCGAGAACGACGUAUCUCGGCCUUUCUCCUGAAAGCCAUGGAGGAGCUCUGCGCCGUAUGGGAGUCGAGCAAGGAAGCGUCCGGCUUCAUUACGGCAGAGAGAGUUCGGUCCUGUCUCGAUGUGUCAUUCCUCGCUCUUUCCUACGAAGCCAUACUUGUCGUCAACGGCAUUCAGCCAACACGGCGUGUCGUCCAGGCCGCUUGCCGCCUCAUUCAAACCGUUCUUCCGCAACUCUCGGAGAAGCGUUGGACCUCGGAGGAGCGAUCCCUCAUGCUGGGCAGCCUGCAUCCCCUAGUAUCUGCUCUGCAGGAUCCCGCACAAGAGCCAUGGGAAACGUUGACAUCUCCUGGAUCGUAUACCGGAGUGAGACGGCAAAUCCUUAGCGCUCUUAAUACUGGGGCGGGGAGGCAUGAUCAUUACUUGAGUGUACGCCGCCAAGUCCAGCGCACCAUAUUUCGCUCUGCUGAGGUGCAGGAUACCUUCACGAAUUUUCUGGUGACCCUCAAAUCGACCCUCCGACUGGCGUCUGGCGCCUCUACGAGUCCAGGUUCUGACAGUCAGGCCAUGGACAUUGAUAUCGAGGACGACUUUGGCGAACUGAGAACAGUCCAGGAUGCGGGAACUACCACGGAGUCGUUGCGAAAUGGUGCUGCAGUCAUGGACGCGCACGGCAUGGAGAUUUGCAUGACGGCGCUUGCGGUCAUCCCCGUCUUACAGUCCACAUCCGGGCUGCCUACGCGUGAUAAGGACCUGGCCAAACUCGUCUUAAAUUCGGAUGAGUCGCGAUUUCUGGAUGUGGCUCAGGUCUACUUCACCAUCGUCAAAACUGGCAUGUUAAGCAUCAGCGCCUCUACCCUGGAGCAGUUCCUCGAGAGAUUUGGCGAUCUGUGGCCUCAAUAUGGUUAUGCGCGAAACGAUCAUUUGCAGUGUCUGUCCUUGCACUUCCUACAUUCUACCAUGGCAUGUUGGCUUGAUCGGGCGACACCCAACAACAUCUGCGACGCUGUUCGGGAGCUCUGGAGUCGUCUGGCGGCGAAGCUCCUGAGCGGCAAAUUGACUUCGUGGAAGUCCCGGGACGUCGUUGUUCGUCUUCUUGACGCAAAUCUCGCCCAAGACCCUCGGGAGCAGUUUGAGAAGAUGAUGACCCGCAUACUCUGCCUGGCCGAUACCAUGAUCGUCAGUUCUGCCGUUAGGCGAGGUGCUUACUGGCACUUGCUAGAAGGAUAUCUGUACGCCCCCAAAUACGCAAGCCACAUGGAGGCUGCACUGGUGGGUGUGGCAGAUAGGCUAGGGUUAUCCGGUCCCGCGGACUUCUUCGAGCAUUAUGCCUCUCAAAUGGCCUCUUCGAUUUGCAAGGGAGGCAAAGACUUCCUCAGCUUCCCGCCCCGCGUGCUCGGGUAUCAAGAGAGAAGACAAUGCGCUGAAGUGGCGUUCCAUUCCUUCGCGCCUGCCAAUCUCCUCAAUGAGGAGUACAAACAUGGCUAUCAACUGUUUCAGAAUCACUGCGGUGCCGUUCACAAGACAUUGGUCGAUGGACUCCAGGAGUGUUUUCCUGAAACCGUUGGAUACCAGAUCGUCAUAUCCAUAGGGGCUGCCUUGGACGAAGAGCGCGAUCUCCCAGAGGAUCUGGCAACGCAGCUCCAGUACACGAUGCGGGAUCUCGGACAGCAAAUCUUCGACCUCUGCCUCCGUCGAACGACCGAUGUUGUCGUAGCCACCAUCGUUCGCUCGCUGGCUGAUCAAGAUGUAUCGAGUGACGGGCCCGUCCAUGCUGGUCUUCGAAUGGCCGGCUACGACAAGGACAGCGAUCGUGUACUUGAACAUCUGUUCCACUACAGGCGUCAUGACGAGUUUCAGUUCCACCAGCCAAACUUCCCGUUUUACAGCACCGAGAUCGUUCUGAAAGCCUUGCAGUGGUUCACUGCGUGGGUCCCCGAGGCACAAUCACCUGCAAUCACGUACCACGUUCUUCACCAGCUCUUCGCCAUCAUGGAACGCUGCCCCUUCAUCAAUGAGCAAAUGCGACUACUCAAUGGUAUAUGCGUUUGGGUCGCUACGCGUCGCCAGCACUUCGAGGACUCCACGUUGCUUCGGACGCUGAUGAACAUGGCUUCGACUAUAUUGUCACAGGCGGACAUGGCGCGCGCUGCGCAAUCGAUUCUGGACUGGUGCUUCAAUGUUUACCGACGAUCGACGGAGCGCAGCUACCACCUGUCUGACCUUCUUGUCCAAAUUGGUUCAAUUGCUCAGGACUAUCAGCGAGCACCGCAUGACACUUCGUCUGUGGCACUCGCUAACGACCUCGUUGGCUGGAUAGAAUCGGUAAUGCAGAAUCUAGCCCAACGGGAUGCAUUGCGUCCCCAGAUUAUUCGCGCUUUGGCCUCCUGGCCUUUUGACACGUCCCCUGCGCUCGUCGAGCUUCGGGAUAGUCUCAAUGUGCAGGAGAUCUCCCAAAUUCUCAGUGACCCGCCGGUAACGGCUCACAAGUUCCGGUUGGCACGCAGAAUCCGCGACCUCACAAUCGGCCAAGAGCGUUUCGCAGAGCACCUUGUGGAUUCGAGCUUCUGGACACUCAAACAGUGCAUACCAUCCUCUGAUAAACUCCACGAUGAUGAUAUCGACGCCUUCGUUGCGCUUCUCUUCCACAACGGCGGUACCAUACGAAGUCCGGAACACGCAAGUGCGGAGAUGGCCAUCCAGACAAUCCGCCAGAGGCAUCGCCAAAUGACAUCUUCACUCGAGCGAUCUGGCACGCAGGAUGCAGCACAACGUGCCAUCAUCAUCUCUCUGCUAGAGAUGUUGGACGCAUCAUCUGCCGCACAGAUCAACAUUGCGUAUCGUACUCUCCGCUCUGUGAUGUCCGUUUGCAGCCUCGAUAGCAGCGCCUUGCGUACGUGGUGCCGCGAAUACGCCGGGGAUUUAUCGCAUCUUCAGGCCCAUCCGGUGCCUGUCGUCGAGAAGGACUUCGGCAGUCUCCCACAGCUGCUCGCCAGUACCCACUUACAACAAGCGUCUAGAGACUUCUCUGAGUGGAUCACCAAUCUGUCCAUGUCCCUCUGCGGCGCCCUCGCAAUACGAGAUCGUUUCUACGCCUCCCUGUCCCUGAUCCUCCAAUCCAACGCGACAUUUGCAGAGAAUAUUAUGCCUGUGCUGGUGCAUGCCGUGUUGUCCUCGGAGCGCUCUGCGCGUAACUCGGACGGCGGGCAGAUUCUUCGACUUGCUCUGUCUGACCACUUCGAUGCGGUCUUGAAUUACGAAGACGUAGAUGUUCGAUGCCUACGUGCGAUCAUUGAUACCGUAUUGCAUCUUCGCCACUUCCAUCCUCCUGAUGUCAGGGACGCACUGGCUUACGAUGUGUGGUUGCGAAACGACUUCAGGCUCCUCAGCAAGAAAUCGGUCAGAUGCGGUGCAUACACAACUGCACUGCUAUUCUUGGAGUUGGCCGCGGAGAAUGAAUCGGAAGAUGCAUCGGAUGCUAGUGCGGCUGAAGAUACGCUCUUCGAUAUUUACAGUCGCAUCGACGAGCCGGACGGUUUCUACGGCAUUCGAAGCAGCAAUUUGAGCAAUUUCCUCAUCAAACGGCUCCACCACGAGAAGCAAUGGGACACCGCGUUUCGCUACCACGGAGCAGCUCUGACCGCUCGUCCAUCUGACUCAAUUCACGGCCAAGGAGUAGUCCAGUCCUUGCACGCGUUCGGUUUCGAUCGUCUUGCAAUGACGGCUCUGGGUUCUGUGACAUCCCAAUCGCACGAAAACAAUGACUCCCAGAGUGCUAUGAUGUACGAACUCGGAUGGCGCACGGGUACUUGGGAUCUCCCUGAGUGUCGUGCAGGACAGUACCCUGGGGCAUCGUUAUACGUGUCCUUGCGGGCUUUCUAUCGCGAAAGAGAUCCCAACAGGGUUGAUACCGUCGUUCGGCAGUCGCUCUUCCAAGAGCUGGCGCAACUCCAUUACCAAGGCAACGAGAACUUGACUACUAUACGCCAUACCACUCAAACCCUCAUGUGCCUUCACCAGAUCAGGUGGUGGAAACAUGAGGGGCUUAUGCAGUUGAGUCGCUCGCGCAACGGCCAGCCUUACAACCAUGUAUGGAACGCGUUCGACCAGACUGCCAAAAUAGAGAAUUUCGAUGAUAUGGAAUCCCUCAUGGCCACUCGCAUUUCAUUGAUACGCGCACGACGCCAAAAGGAGGAACGUGACAAGAUUGGAGACCUUCUCUCUCCUUUGGGUCGUUCGCUGAUGGAACUGGAGAGGGGAUGUCUCCUUCGCCUAUCUCAAGCCGCGAGGGACGCUCAAAGGCCUCAGGCAGCGCUCAAUGCGAUAACUCAAGCUCAGGUCCUUGGAGGAGAGGGCGUACCAGAAGUUACCCAGGAGUUCGCGAAUGUCUUGUGGCUUAUGAAGGAACCGAGGUUGGCAGCUUCCCUCCUCAAGGACACGCUUUCCACGAUGACCACGGAGGCGCAGAAGGGCCCAGAAGAGGAUAAGUUCCGCGUCGCUUCGCUUCUAGCUCGUUUGGGUACCUGGUCCGCGCAGGCGUCCCUCGACAAGCCCGAUCAGAUCAUUGAACAGUACUUCGAUCCCGCUAUACAGUUGUUGUCAGAUGUGACGGUCGCGUCGAACGUUGCCGACCGUGCUGCCGUCUUCCAUCAAUACGCCAUUUUCGCGGAUCAUCAGUACCACUCUGUCAUCAACUCUCCGGAUGCUCUACGAUGGAGGAUCUACAUGGAUCGUAAGACAGAGGAGAUCAGACUCCGUCAAGAAAAGAUGCAGAAAGUGCCAGUCAACACUCAAGAACGCCACGAACUCGAGCGCGCUCUCAAGAAGGCCGAGAAAGAGCUUAGACAUGAUCAAGCACGCUUCAAGGAACACAAGAAUGCUCGGGAUCGCUUCCUCGGUCUGGCCAUGACGACAUACUCUGAAUGUCUUGCUCAUUCCGACGCAUAUGACAGCGAAUCAAUUAUUCGUCUGUGUUCGUUAUGGCUCGCAAAUUUCGACAGAACGGACACCGAUGUCAGCUUUGAGGCUGCUCUGACACGUGUAGCCUCUCACAAGUUCGUAUUCCUUGCUCACCAACUAGCGGCUAGGCUUUCCAAGUCCACUUCGCCCCGUGCUACUACAUCCAAUCAAGCACUUCUCCACAGCUUGCUAUCUCGGAUGUGCAGGGAACACCCGUUCCAUAGCUUGUAUCAAGUGCUCUGCUUGAUAUCAGACCAAAGCUCUGCAGGCGUAGCAUCGGGGAGACGACAGUCAGGCAGGCUCGAGACCGUUUCCUCGCAGGCAGAAAGAGCCGCGGCUGCCGGUGCCAUCAUUGACCAGCUGAGGACCGAUGCACAAGUGCAAGGCCGUCUUAGCGAUGUCGAACAACUCUUUCGGGCGUCUUUGCAAUGGGCCACGUACAAGGUCAAGAAAGAUGCGAAGGGUAACCUGCCUAUCCCAGAUGGAUUUCCCAUCAAGCGAAUCCGCGACUUGCGCGUUCCGGUCAUGACUUCUCAUACACCCGUUGAUCCAUCUUGCCAGUACAGUGAUUGUGUCUGGAUCAGUCACUUCGAAUCCACCUUUUCUACGUCUGGUGGGCUCAAUCUGCCGAAAAUAUGCGUCUGCGUAGGAGUGGAUGGACAAAAGUACAAACAAUUGUACAAGGGUGGCGAUGAUCUCAGACAAGACGCGGUAAUGGAGCAGGUGUUCGAGCUGGUGAACAUCAUCCUUCGUCGCGACCGUGAAACACGAAGACGAGAUCUCGCAGUACGAGGGUAUAGAAUCAUUCCGUUGGCCUCGCAAGCCGGUAUUUUGGAAUUUGUCCAAGACACCACUCCAUUGGCUACAUGGCUACCCGAUGCACAUUCGCGGUAUAGACCGGGUGAUAUACGAUCACACGACGUAAUGAGACAGCUGAAAGAGAAGCAGCACGAGUGUCAGAACGAUCGUUCACAGAUGCUGGAAUUCCUCGUGAAGCUCCGUCGACGGUUCAGACCGGUCAUGCGCCACUAUUUCACGGAGCGACACAAGGAGCCCCUCGCGUGGUUCACGAUGCGUCUCAAGUACUCGCGCAGUGUGGCGACGAACGCAAUCGUUGGGCAUAUCCUCGGACUCGGUGACAGGCACUGUUCAAACAUCCUUAUGGAUAAUGCAACUGGAGAAAUGGUCCACAUUGAUCUCGGAAUUGCUUUCGACCAGGGUAAAAUGUUGCCUAUCCCGGAGCGUGUCCCCUUCCGCUUGACGGCUGACGUCGUGGAUGGCUUGGGUACCUCUGGCACUCAGGGUGUAUUCCAGAGAUGCGCAGAGGAAACCCUCCGUGUUCUGCGGGACGAGUCUGAAGUCGUCCUGACUGUUUUGGAGGUCUUCAAGUACGAUCCUCUGCACUCCUGGUCAGUCAUUAGGGUUGCGAGCGAAGUGAAGAUGAAGCGAGUGCAAGGGUCGGGCAACGAUGCAACGUUCACCGGAGAGGCCGUCCGUUGGAUGAUUGGCAUUGACAUGGCUAGCGGCUCCGCCGAUGAAGCCGCCGAUCGCGCUCUGACCGCGGUAAGGCGGAAAUUGGACAAGACGCUCUCGAUCGAGUAUACUGUCAACGAGUUGGUCACUGAAGCCACAGACCCUGGAAACCUUGCCCAGAUGUUCUGCGGUACGUUCAGACGUCGUGCUCGGAAGUAUGUUCACUCAGUAUUGCAUCACAGGUUGGAGUCCUCACCUCUGAAGUUUACGUCCUACCAGCCAUCUGGGUCGACUUUCUCUCCAUUGCGUCUCAUGGACAUACUGUAG